CCAUUAUUUCCACACCCUAUGGGCGACAGGGAGCGUCUGCCGAGAAAUUAUUCGGUGGAGUUGCUUCCUAUCCACUGGAAUAUUUGUUGGUAUCAGUAUUUAUCUGUAUAAACGUAUAUGCAGAAAUAUUAGCGGUUGCAUCUGUAUUUAUUGAAGAGGAGGUUACAUUUAGCUUUUGAAAUAAAGGGAGUUGAACGCUAAAUCACGAUGGCCCGGCCCGUUUUCCCUCAUGGAUUCUGAGCGGGAGAUCCUGGCCAAGGAGUACAUCAAGAUGAUGACCGAUAUGAUCCUGCUGUGUGCCACCUUGGCACUGUCGCUCUUCUUCUGGGUCCUGUCCCUCACCAUGAGUGCCGUCUCAGGGAACCUGCAGCCGGUGUCGCCGUGGCGAUGGUUGUUCUCCAUCCUGGUCCCCGUCAUGCUGACCCUGCGGGCCCUGAAGAGACGCAGCCUGGACAAAUCAGGAGCCCUCGGAGCUCUGCUGGUGGGAUUCGUCCUGACCAUGGCCAACUUCAGCUUCUUCUCCUCCCUGCUGGCCUUCUUCCUCACCUCCUCCAAACUGACCCGCUGGGGUGGGGCAAAGAAGAAGAAAAUAGACGCCGAGUACAAAGAAGGGGGCCAGAGGAACUGGGUUCAGGUCUUCUGUAACGGGGGCGUUCCCACCGAGGUGGCUCUGCUCUACAUGAUCGAGGUGGGGCCCGGCGAGAUCCCCAUCGACUUCGGAACUAAUGGAGGCGUCACCCCCGUCGGAUUGGUGGCCAGCUUCCUGGGCGGGGCGGCGGUGGGCGGGGCUUACUUUGCGACCCAGGUCCUGCUGAUCAGCGAGCUCCACCUGGCCGACCCCCAGUGGCCCCUGGUCCUGUACGGGGGGGCGGCCGGCCUGCUGGGGUCCCUGCUGGACUCCUUCCUGGGGGCCCACAUGCAGUACUCAGGCUUCGACUCGAGCAUCGGGAAAGUGGUCAGCUACGAGUCGGCCACCACCCAGCGGAUCUGCGGGAAGCCCAUCCUGGACAACAACGCGGUCAACCUCUUCUCCUCCGUCCUCAUCGCCCUCUUCCUCCCCGGGAUGGCGUGGGGCAUGUGGCCGCGUUAGGGGGGGGGCACCCCGGAGGCCACGGCUGACCCGACACGCCCCCCCCAUGAGUCCGGCCACAGAGGCACGGCUGACCCCUGCCCGACGGGGUCCGGUCACCAGAAAGAGGAAAGAGCCCGACUGACCGCAGCUCUGACGGCACCAGACCUCCACCUGAAGAUGAUGAUCACUAAACCCCAGCACUACGCUCACAAAGUCUUAAUUUAGAGGAAGACGUGCUCGAUUUGGUAAAGUUUUUUGCGUCAGUGAGCCUAAUGACCAGCUGCAGUAUUUUCAGCCUGUAAUUUAUUAACCGCUUUUUAAAUGAGGCCCAUUGGUGGAAUAAACUUUUUCAAUUCUUUCUAAAUCUGGUUCUUCAUUCAAGCAUUUCACGAGUUCUUUGGUAGAGAAUUCCUGAAAUUAAAUAGCCAGAUUCUACUCUUAAAAUAGGAGCUUGUUUUAUUGAAAAGGGAGAG